AUGGCACCUACUUCGAGUCAGGUCGUUGAGCCGACCCCAGACGAACAUGAUGGUCGCAAAAUAGAGGGUGGAGUCCAGUGUACUCCUGGAACGGGGGAGUUGGAUUUCGAUGAAUACACUCGAGGCGGACUCGGUCGGCAUUUGGGUGUUUUCUCCACCAUUUUCCUUAUUGUUGGUGCGGCCUUACUCCUCUGGGUAUUGGGCCUUCUCCUAGCCGGGGCUGGCCUCUGCGUAUGGCUCGAGUUUGGGUGCAUGAUGCCACGCAGUGGAGGAGAAAAAGUGUAUCUCGAAGCGGUUUAUCGCCAGCCGAAGUUACUCAUUACCGUUGUAUUUGCGGUGCAAGCCGUCGCUUUGGGAUUCACGGCCCAAGGGUGUAUCGUCUUUGUGUCGAAUAUUGUUGUCGCGACCGGAAAGAAGGCAACGGAAUGGCAAGAACGAGGAGGGGCCAUCGCGGUCAUCGUCUUCAUCACUCUAGUGCAUACCUUUUUACCAAACUGGGGAGUUCGGGGCAUGAACGUCAUCGGAGUCAUGAAGGUUAUUCUUCUAUUAUUCAUUGUUGUAACAGGCUGGGUCGUUCUGAGCGGUCGUGUCUCGAGCGUCCCUGACCCGAAUGCUAGUUUUCAUAACUCAUUCGCCGGGUCGGCGACAUCGAGUAACCUCUAUGCGACAGCGCUCUUCAAGGUGCUGAAUUCAUAUUCUGGCUGGUCGAAUGCAGCAUAUGUCCUAAAUGAAAUCCGGAACCCCGUUCGCACCUUGAAGAUCGCGGCGCCCAUUGGACUAUUCAUCUGUGGGACCCUGUACGUGUUGGCCAAUGUGGCAUACUAUGCAGCAGCAACGCCUAAGGAAAUUGCCAAUAGUGGCGUGACAGUGGCUUCAUACUUCAUGGGUAAGGUGUUCGGAACUGCAGCCAAGCGAGCCCUCAGCGUCCUCAUAGCCAUCUCCGCAUUCGGCAACGUAAUGACGGUGACCUUCGCUCAAGCUCGAGUGAAUCAAGAACUGGCCAAAGAAGGCGUCAUCCCAUUUCCCAAAUUCUGGGCCUCGAGCUGGCCCUUCGGAUCGCCGUCAUCCGGUCUACUGCUACACUUCAUCCCAUCGUUCAUAAUAAUCGUCGCAAUCCCCUUCGGUGACGCUUACAAUUUCAUCCUAGACUUGGAAGGCUACCCAUCCAGCGUAAUCAACUUCCUCGUCGCCCUCGGCCUAUUCUGGCUUCGAUACACAGCCCGGGAUAUACCACGCCCUUUUAAAGUCUGGUGGCCAGUGGCCCUAUUCUUCAUGGUAGGACAAGCCUUCCAGCUCGUCGCACCAUUCAUUCGACCCCCGGGUGGGAAAGGCGAUACAUCGUUGCCAUAUUGGUUAUCUUCUGUGGUUGGAAUCGUGAUUCUGUUUCUGGGCGUAGUCUACUGGGCAUUCUGGCAGAGGGUUCUGCCCGCGAUUGGGAGGUAUAGGCUUGCACCUGAACAUGCGGUUCUGUCGGAUGGGACUACUGUGGUUGUUUACCAAAAGGAGAAGUGUGCAUAGUGUGAGGAACUCAGUUAAGGUGUCUCCGCGUUGUCGUGGGAUGUGGAUAAUGACUUAAUUCGUGCAUUAAAUUUAUUGAUGUG